AUGGCAGUCGCGUCGCACUCAUCCUCCCUUGAUCGAGAAUCUGUCCAGGCUGCCCAUGAGCUCAUCAGGCCCUAUAUUCAUCGCACACCCACUCUCACCAAUGCGACGCUCACAGCACUAGCUUCCACGCCGCAAGACCCCAAAAAGCUUGCGGGUACCUCAUGGGAGGGACGAACGCCCGCGAAGCCGAAGUUGCGGCUGUUCUUCAAAUGCGAGAACUUCCAACGUAUCGGUGCCUUCAAGUGCCGCGGAGCAUUCCACGCCAUCGAGCGGUUGAAGCAAGAUAAGGAGUGGCUAGACGGGGGAGGUCCCGAAAAAGGGGUAGUGACGCACAGCAGUGGGAAUCAUGCCCAAGCUUUGGCCCUUGCGGCUGCCACCAACAACAUACCUGCCUACAUCGUAAUGCCCACCAUCUCAGCACCCGCCAAGAUUGCUGCGACAAAAGGUUACGGGGCCAAGGUGGUCUUCAGUGGGCCGACAUCAACCGAGAGGGAGGCCGCAGCCGCAAAGAUAAUCGAGGAGACGGGCGCCCGGCUCAUCCCGCCCUACGAUCACCCUCACAUUGUCCUAGGCCAAGGAACGCUAGGCUUGGAGUUCCAACAGGAUGCAGCAGCUCUGCUCGCCCAGGAGCCGAGCCCGCUUGGAGGACGGCCAGUGUUCAGUAUACUGGGGACAAAUGCAGGGAUAUUUGGAAAGGGUCUGGAUGCCAUCCUGGCGCCGUGCGGUGGAGGUGGAAUGCUCUCUGGCGUGGCACUCUCCUGCGAGGGGACGGGGAUCCGAGUGUUCGGCGCCGAGCCUUGGUUUCAAGGGGCAGACGACGCCAAGCGAGGUUAUGAAUCAGGCACGCGCGUAGAAUCGGUAAAAACGUUGACGAUAGCCGAUGGCCUGCGCACGCCUGUGGGAAAAGUGCCCUGGAGCAUUAUCUACGAGCGCAGGCUGGUGGACGGGUUCUUCAGCGUGAGCGAGGCGGAGAUCCGAGACGCCCUGAAGCUGGUACUUGAGCGAUUCAAGCUGGUCAUCGAGCCGAGUGCGGCGGUGCCCUUGGCUGUGGCCUUGUUCAACGAGGAUUUUCGCAGCAUGGUAGAGCGAGAGGCAGGUGAGCAGGGUUGGGAUUUGGGCAUCGUCUUUAGCGGUGGGAAUGUUGGUACAGAUAAGCUCGCGACGCUGUUUGAUGAGCAGGUGGCCCCCAAAAUGUAG